AUUCAUGAUUCAUUACCGAUUUAAAGUAGAUGUUUAGCAUUGAACUUUAAAAUGAUAUGAGUUAAAUACGUGAGAGGGAUAAUAGUUUCGGUUGAAAAAAAACAAACAACAGACAUGGGGUCGAUGUUCGUGUUCGGUUUACUUAGCACACUUUUGCUGCCUGUGGGUGUUUCUACAUCAAAUGACGCUGUUUCUUUAGUUUUUCGCACUGCAGAGUUGCCGUGAGUAUUUACAAAGUUUACAAUGAAAACAAACCGUUGGAAGAAAACAAUAAGAUACUUAUUGCGUUAUCCAGUAAAAUUGAUUCAAUGGAGAAACUCAGGACUGUCAUUCCUUUGAUGUUGCAGAUAAACAAAAUAGACGAAACGCAUUUGCAAAUACAUAGUAUUAUGAUUGAUUUAAAGAAUUUACUAGAAGCCAAAGAACCAGAACGUUCGGACUAUAAAAGAGUAUUUAUGGCAAGAUCUCCAUUAGCGAUUCCUAGAGCACGUUACCUUUCAAAACAUUUACUACAAGUUAUUCCUGAAAUCAACAAAAAUAUAAUUGAAAAGCUUGCAGAUACAUCCCGUUGUAAUUUAACUGCAUUACAGGACUUGCAAACAGAAAUGAAUGAGCUUAUGUUAAAUAGUCUUCUCAUUGAACUCACGGUGUUAGGUACUUCUAAGAUCUUGAGUUUCUCAAGGAUAAACGAUUUCUGGCAAAAACAGAUCGCCGACAUUUCACCGGAAAUUGAAAGAAUUCAACACAAAUGCGAAUCAAAGAUUCCAAAACUUAUUCUAGAAGAUAUGGAUGAGUGUCUGAAUCCAAAACAACUUCAAAUGGCGAAUAAAGAAAGAUAUCUCUGGACUUGGAACGAUAUAUUUUUUAUGUUCUAUAAGGAUUUUCUGAAAUUUUCUGCUAUUGAUAUUCGUGAAGACAAAGUUUUCAUUCAGCUCAGCGAGGAAAUGAUAAAGAUUGUAACCUAUGGGACGAACGAUUUAAAAAAAAUCUUGUUUAUUAAAAUUUUGUUAGCGAUUUUGGAAAAAGAAGAUAUUUACAGAUUGAUUAAUCCUUGGGAAAUUCGUAACAGAAUAAUUAAAGGUAUGUACAGAAGAAGUGUCGAAUAUAGCGCAAUAUUUGUCUAUUUUAAUAAAAAUAUCUGUGGAGAUUCAACUUUCGCCGAUACCUUGAUGCAGGAAGAUAAAAGAUGGACAAUAACUGACAACGGGAGAAGCUGUUCGGCCAGGGACGGCACCACAAACAAAGAUACUUAUGGACCUUUGCAUAUUCGCAAGCUCUUCGAGUUAACCUCAACAAGGUUACCAUCCCCCUUUGCACCUCACUGUGUACCCUUUGGAGGAACUGGCUGAACGUUCAUACUGAAGUGACCGGUUAUUUUACGGUUAUGUCGCUUUAGACCCUAAUUAAACACUAGACCCGCACCACAUUAAUGUUUGCAAGACAAGUCAAUGCUAGUUAAAAGACGGAUCUAAACACCAUUCGCAAUCCGCGGCAUUGUUUCAAGGACGGACAUUAACGUCUUGCUUAUUGUCACUUCAGAUAGGGCGCGUACUUGUGUAAUGACGCAUAUAUCUUAAAAAAAACAACAGUUUAAAGCUAAAAAAAUAGGCAUUUCAUAUUUAAACACAUUUCUAGAAUGCACACGUUUAUAUUUACCACAAAAACACUAGCUUUUAGAAUAGCAGUUUAGGUUACAGUUUAUCGACAGAAUCAGCAAAUACAUGUCUUUAUCCACUACAAACAUCCGAAAAGACGAGCACACAUAUGAAAUGCUAAACACAAACAAAAACCACAUAAAUAGAUCCUAAAAUUAAUACAUUAAUAACUAAUAACUAAAUAACUUGGUUUACAUAAUACGUGCUAUCAACAAGCAACAUGAUAACUUACUAUCAAAGUAAUCAUUUCUUUGUAACAUAUAAUUGAAAAUAAAUUUAGAAAUAUUUCUUAAAUUUCUAGUGUAAGUACUUGACAUCGAAGAUGUGAAUUUGUUGUCAGUAUUAAUGAGUUGUUAGCUUUAUGCUUAAUUUAUAAAUCACGAAAACGCGUUCAUAUACAUAAGCAAGUGAUAUUCUGAUUCAACCAUGUUACAUAGUUUGCAUUUCCUGUGUUCUCUCGCAAUCUUAUUGCAUCUACCAGUCUCAAUGUCUGAUUAAGCACUUAGUCUAAAUCUUGUUGGAACUUUUCUAUGGCAACACAUUCAUUAUCAACACAUUCAAUAUAUAUUUAAAUGUAUAAUCCUUUUUAAGUGUUACACAAAAAGCUUAUUUCUUUUGUGAGUUUAUUAUAACAGACCAUGACUGGACGUAUUUAUCGCGAAGUCGUUGUUUGAGGUUUGGGUAAUGGCAUGUUAAGUGAACGUUUUUAUGCAAUAUAUAGCUAACGCCUUAAUUGUAAAUAUGGUUUUAAUAGCUUUAGUCCAGCAUAGUUUUAAAUAAGAGUUAGCAAAUAUAUUAUGUGAUAGUAUUAUCAUUCAUAGAUCUUAUAAGUGGGUUUGGCGAAUGAAUAAUGAUUUGACCGCAGAAUUUAAGAGCCCUCUGUGUACAGAUAACAGAUCACGGAAAACGACCUUUUUCGCAUAAGACUGCCGAAUUUCAUGUCUGUUGGUGGAAACCUAAUAUAUGUUAACAUAUCUUAACAUGGCCGUGUAUAUCUAGUUUCACAAACGUAUUGGCAGCAAUCACAAUCAAAGCGCAGAAGGUAUUACUUGUUCGAUAUUGCAUAUCAUUGGACACAGCUAAGGUUUCAACAAUAAUGUAUCGCUUUUAAAAUCUAAGGUUUCAAUUAUAGACAACACAUUCGAGUUUAUUGAGGGUUUGUCUAAAAGAAAAUUUCCAGCAAUGUUUAGCACACUAUGUGUGCUUAAGAGAUAAUUUUCUUCAAAUAACACAAAACGGCCUGUUUUAGACUUUCCGAAACUAUAGCAAAUACAUAUAGUAUUUGCCAUCAUCAAUAAAUGAAUGUGUUGUCUUAAUAUCAGAAUCCUAUUACACUGCGAAUGCAAUUGCAAAAGAGAAAUUAGCUUUACAAAACCUGUAUGU